AUGCCUACAAUCCAUCUUGGUGUGUACCUUACUUCGGGUAGGGAAACCUACCAAGCAGUUCGAUGGGCACUAGAGGUAUACUUCUUUCUUGUGGACAGCGCGCAAAUGUAUCACAAUGAGAAAGAGAGCGGCAAGGCCGUUCUAGACUUUCUGUCCAGUGAGGAUAACAUCGACUCCCUCAAGCGAGAAGAGAUCCACUUCACCUCCAAGUUGGCCUCCAACUCAUCAUAUGACACAGCUCGCAAGGCUAUCAAGAAAUCGGUCAAGGAAUGCGGGCUUGGCUAUAUCGAUUUGUUCCUCUUGCACUCACCUUAUGGUGGCAAGAAAGCACGACUUGAGAGCUGGAGAGCUGUGGAGGACGCUAUUGACGACGGCGAGGUGAAGAUUGGGGGCGUAUCUAAUUAUGGCGUGAAGCAUCUGCAAGAGCUUCUCGAUUCGAACCCCAGAAUUGCACCAGCGGUCAAUCAGAUCGAGGUGCAUCCAUUCAAUACCCGGACGGACAUCACAUCCUUCUGCCAGCAGAACAACAUCGUCGUCGAGGCUUACGCACCCCUUGUACGUGCCUUGAAGAUGAAGCACCCUAAGGUUGUGACCCUUUCGAAGAAGUACUCGUGCACUCCUGUCCGCUGGAGUCUGCAACAUGGCUAUGUGCCGUUGCCCAAGAGUGUGAAGAAGGAGCGCAUCGUGGAGAAUUCAGAGAUCGGAGGAUUCGAGAUCGAGGAGGGUGACAUGAAGAUGCUGGAUGGCCUGGAUGAGUACCUGGUGACCGAUUGGGACCCCACAGACUGCCCGUAA